AGAAGUCGAAAUAGUUUUGCUGUUCUUUUUACAUUACUUUUAGUCGAUCGUCAGUACGGGAUUGGUAAUGGAUCUGAACGUCAGCAACAGUAUUCUGCCGAUGCAGACUAGGCAACUGGUCUUCGGUUGGAUAGAUUACAGUAUAUUUAUCGCCCUUCUAGGAAUUAGCCUUUUAAUAGGCGUUUAUUUUGGAAUUUACAAGAAACAAAACAGUACAUCCGAAUAUUUAUUCGGUGGAAAAAGAAUGAAUUAUAUUGCUGUGGCAACCAGUAUACUUGCAAGUUUGCUAUCGGGCAUCACGUUUCUGGGAAUUCCAACGGAAGUUUAUCUUCAUGGGAGUCAAUACUUCACAGUCUGUAUAUCAGCAUUUAUACUUGGACCCAUUAUUGCUUACAUAGUAAUACCACAUUUCAAUAAGCUCCAAAUUUCCAGUAGCUAUGAAUAUCUGGAAUUGAGAUUUACUCAGUCGAUACGAACUUUGGCUGCCAGUCUUUACAUCAUAUCACUCUUCGUGUACAUGCCCGUUGUCAUUUACGUGCCAGCACUUGCAUUUUCACAAGUCACAGGCUUCAGCGUUCAUGCCAUAACACCAAUUUUCUCUUUAGUUUGUAUUACGUACACCAGUAUGGGUGGUAUUAAAGCUGUAGUGUGGACAGAUACUAUACAGUUCUUUUUUACAAUAGCUGGUUUGUCUGCUGUUUUAAUUAUUGGUCUGAUAUCUAUAGGUGGUGUCUCCGAACUUUGGAGAAUCGCUGACGAAGGACAACGCCUACAAUUCUUUAACAUGGAUCCAAGCCCUUUCAAGAAAAAUACAUUUUGGGUUAUAACAGUUGGUAUGACAGUGUCGAUGCUAAGUCGUUUUGGACUUGGACAAAAGUUCGUGCAGCGAUUCUUAGCCGUGAAGAGCCAGGCGGAGAUGAAAAAAGCUGUUUUAUUAACGGUAACGGGCUGGGCAAUGUUACAAGCGGCCAGUGUUUUCAUAGGGCUCCUAAUGUAUGCUUCGUAUCAUAAUUGCGAUCCACUUAAAGCCAAGUUAGUGAAUCGAAUUGACCAGACUUUACCUUAUUAUGUAAUGGACAUUGGCGCAAAUUUACGAGGAUUACCAGGUAUUUUUCUAGCUGGUAUUGUUAGCUCGGCAUUAUCAACCAUGAGCGCCUCUUUAAACACGCUCGCCGGAACCAUUUAUAAAACCUAUAUCAACAGGCACAUCGCCGACGACCCUAAGAGAGACUCCAAAGCAGCCAAUAUUAUGAAGGUUAUAUCGGUGAUCGCGGGCUUGAUAACGAUCGGCGCGGUCUUUGUUAUCGAGCGGCUGGGCACGGUCUUCGAGAUGGCGAUAAGCUUCUCGAGCGUGACGGAAGGAGCACUCCUUGGCCUCUUCACCGUCGGUAUGCUGUGCCCGUGGGUUGGCAAGAAGGGCGCGAUCACGGGCGCCUACGUAUCCCUCGUAAUUAUGGGCUGGAUAGUCGGCAGCACUCAAUGGUACAUUAUGAACAAGAAGAUUAUGAGCCCCAGCCUCCCGACCUCCAUCGAUGCUUGUCCAAAUUCGAUAAACGAGACAUUGGCUGGGAUGAGCUCGGGCACGACGACGAUGCCCGAUCGGUUGAGCGAGGAGAAGGAGGAGGAGAAGGCGCCGAUGAUCAUCUACCACUUGGCGGUGCUGUACUACACGCUCUUGGGCAGCCUCAUCGUCAUCGUCGUCAGUUGUGUCACCAGCUUCGUCGUUGGAGAAACGGACUUGUCCAAGGUCGAGCCUGAUCAUAUUUUGCCGUUUAUGCGAAGGUUUUUACCACGAAAGAGAUCGUACAUGGAAAUUCCAAUUAAAGAUAUUGAAAGGGAGACCAAUUAUGAUGCUAAGCAUUAGAGAAUUUUGCUCUUUAAUUGAUAAUUGCCGAUCCUACAAAAUUGACGUACGCAACGUCUAUAGCAUAUUUAUCGGUAUGUUAAAAAUUUUAAUCGAUUUAUGCAGAAGGACCUCUUUCCAACGCUACUUACGAUCAAUAUUGACUGUCGUUGAUUUAAUUAAUAAAUAUUGUGCUCAGGUGUCACUAGAGUAGAUGUCUGUAGCAUUAAGAGAUAAUACAAUUUGAUUUUAGACAACAUUAACAAGAAUGGAAGA